GAUGAUCCACCAGGAGCUGCGGAAGUGAGGGUCAAAUGGGUCCAGCGGAUGCAGGAUGAUUAAAGUUUUUAGGGGGUAACCAAGCGAAGAACGCGCAUUUUUGAACUUUCAGAUUGCUCUAUCUCCGGAUCAGAUCGCACUACAUGUUAAAGAUCUACUCCAUUUGCAUCACCAAACUCUCAUUUGGGAAAAAAGUCUCUUCCCAAAUGGCUUUUCUUUUUAAUACUCGGCUCGGUUUUGAAGAAUCGUGCCUUGUUGUGCUCCCAGCGGCCCCCCCUGCGCUCCGUGGCGCACUGGUUCCGUCUGGCUCCCCCUCAGCUGCUGCGCGUCCUGGGAUGACCUGUUGAUGUCGGUAGAAUGGAGGAUGGCAGAGGGGGAGCCCAUUUCCCCCAUCAUCAAAAUAUUCAGCUAAAAAGGAGACUAAAACCGGCGCGUCCCUCUGCGCGCACCUAACCCUCCUCUCGGGCACUAACCCUUUGGUGGUGUGCGUAGGCGCGCCAUGGCCCAGACCCUCCAGAUGGCGAUCCCGAACUUUGGCAACAACAUUUUAGAGUGUCUGAACGAGCAGCGACUCCAGGGCCUUUACUGUGAUGUGUCCGUUGUGGUCAAGGGCCAUGCCUUCAAGGCUCAUCGAGCUGUUCUGGCUGCCAGCAGCUCUUAUUUCCGGGACCUUUUCAGCAGCAGCAGCAAUGCUGUUGGUGCUAACAGCAACGAGACCAGCCCCAUGGUUGUUGAGCUGCCUCCAGCUGUGCAGCCCCAGUGCUUCCAGCAGAUUCUGGCUUUCUGCUACACGGGCCGCCUCAGCAUGACUGUGGGAGACCAAUUUCUUCUUAUGUAUACUGCAGGCUUCCUUCAGAUCCAACAGAUCAUGGAAAAGGGCACUGAAUUCUUCCUCAAGGUAUCUUCGCCCAGUUGUGACUCCCAGGGUCUUCAUGCAGAGGAAGCUCCUACUUCAGAGCCCCAGAGCCCCGUAACACAGACCAGUAACAGCGCACCGCGUCCCGCCUCCAGUGUGACACCACUUCCUCUCGUUUCACGUCUUAAGACAGAGCAGCCAUCCAACCAGACGGAAGCGGCCACUCCUUAUUCUGUGGUUUGCACUCCUGUUGCCAAGCGGCUGUGGGAAGGUGGAAGCAGCCGCGAUGGCGGCGGGUUAGGGUCUGGUGGAGGUGGAGGAGGUGGAGGAGGAGGAGCCAGAAAAGCGGCCCGUUAUUCCCAGGAGGCGGUGCGGGGCAGUGCCAUCCAGACCCCUGGAUCUCUUGGACUGGCCAUAGGCAUGAAUGCCACAACAACCAGCCUGACGGGCAUGGUGCCCACUGGUGGGAUCAGUGGAAAUGCCGGCAGCACCAAUGGGAGUUCUGCAGCAGGGCUUGGAAUGUCAGAGGGUGCUAGCCCUGGCACGCUGAGUACCUAUGCCAGUGAUUCACCCAUCAGCUACCAUGAUGAUGAGGAGGAGGAAGAGGGAACAGAUGAAAGUGCUGAGGAGCAGUACAGGCAAAUCUGCAACAUGUAUACAAUGUACAGCAUGCUGAAUAUGGGAGCAGCAGCUGCCGGUGAGCGUGUCGAGGCCCUUCCUGACCACACAGAGACUCGCGGUCGGAUGCGAGGCCGAGAUCUUACUUGUCUUCCCCCAGAACUUAUUGCUCAGAUUGGCAACCGCUGCCAUCCCAAACUGUACGAGGAAGGGGACCCUGCUGAGAAACUAGAGCUAGUCUCAGGAACUUCUGUGUAUAUUUCGAGAGCCCAGCUAAUGAACUGUCAUGUGAGCGCGGGGACCAGACACAAGGUGCUGCUUCGGAGGCUGCUGGCUGCCUUCUUCGACAGGAAUACUCUGGCCAACAGCUGUGGGACAGGGAUCCGCUCGUCCACCAAUGACCCGAGCCGCAAGCCCCUGGACAACCGAGUUCUCCAUGCGGUUAAAUUUUAUUGCCAGAAUUUUGCCACCAGUUUCAAAGAGAGCGAGAUGAACGCCAUCGCAGCGGACAUGUGCACCAAUGCCCGCCGCGUGGUGCGAAAGAGCUGGAUCCCCAAGCUGAAGCUGCUGAUGGCCGAAAGUGACGCCUACUCCUCUUUCAUCCCAGAUGGAGUCAAGACAGAGGACGACACUUUGGGGGCGGAUCAGGGCUUUGAGUCUGCCUCCAUGGAGGCCGCCGGCAGCGCCGGCAUGGAGUCCGGGGGCUCUUCAGGUGAAUCCCUGCAAGGCGUGGGUGGGGACGGAGGACCAUUGUUCUGAACACUCAGCCCCAGGAAGGUUUUGAGUCUGGUGACACACGUACCAGUAUUCCCACCAGUUGCGCUUGCCUCCUCACUCUUUGGCUCUCCCUAAACUCUCUUACAUCUCGACUGUCUGUACAACACUGCUUGGGGGGGACAGCUGUCUCCCCGUUAUAACCAGGACGUGAAACUCACAACUUUUUUUGCUUUACGACUGUAAAACAGUGUUAGCGGAGUUAAAGGAGAAUGCAUGAGGGUUUGGCCUCUACCUCCCCUUGUCUCAUACGGUGUGUAAGUGCAGCUGCUGGUGCAUGUUAAAUACAUUCCCCGAGGUGCAGGUAGGGGGAGCUACCAGUCUAGCCAGAAGACAGGAACGGUAUUUUGACAGGCUGGAAGCAGAGGUGGCAAAAAAAAAUGAAUGUAAGUGUUGCUGGCAUUUUUCUCUAUGCAAGUCUGACAACUUGUGUUCCAGCCUUUGGAAAGGAACUAAAUUUAACCGUAUUGAAAUACUUUAACACUACUUACUCCUCUUUACAUCUUCCUCUCAGCCCACCUCACCUCACCUCACAAAGGGUUUCACUGUGCUGCAUAUUGUGGACAAAAUUCUCCUUUCAUUUUUCUAAAAGUUCUUGCAUGUUUCUGUCUGUGUGAUGAAAAGUAAAAGGCGGGAGGGUGGGCUUUCUACUAAGAUGAUUGUAAAAAAAGGACUGAGAGGAAAGAGGUAAAUAAAGAUGGGUCUAUUUUCAGAAGAAAAAACUAUAUUUAUACAGGCGCCCGAGCCUAAAUCAGUAUGAGCGAUGAGUGGGAUUGUUUUAAACUCUCCAUGUAAGUAAGCUUUUGUUGAAAGAGUUGUUGUCAAAUGAGGAAAAGUGCUAUUUUUACAGUAGUAUAACAAAGGAGUCUUAUGAUAGCAAUAUGUGUCAUUUAUUUUUAGCUUUAUUUCCAAAGUGAAAGAGAUGUAACGAGCAGUUGAACUGCAAAUUUUUUUUUUUUUUUUUUACAUAUUUCAUCUUUUGUUCACCAGCCUAAAAGGACAAAAACUAAACCUUUUAGUUGGAUUUUGCUCUGUUAAAACCCUUUCUUAGCUCAGAUCUACAGCUUUGAUAAAACAUUUCCUCACAAUUCUGAAGAUCACUUGCAGAAAUUUAAAGGUAUUGACCUGAAAAAAAAAGUGUUAGCUUUGUCUUUGUACAGAAAUUACAAAAAAAAAGAGUCACUAGUAAUUAUCAGACAAAAGAAUGUGCCUUUUAACUGAAAGCAGUAAGAAAAAGUGAGCUAUUGCUUGAAGUAAACCGAUUUUAAUGGUACUAUCUGUGUGUGCUAUGUAGUUCUUUGGUGUGGAUUGUGCAGAUGUGUGUGUUAGUAUCUUAUUUGUUGCACCUCAGCGACGUGGGAACUCAGAAAGGCUUUUAUUUUGGAGUUUUAGAUGACUUUGCACCUUCCAUGAGACAGGGAAACAGAUUUAUUGGUGGUUUCUGCACCUUAAUGAGAAGAACCAGUGGUUCAUGCACCUUUUUGAGAAAUGUGUAGCAAUCAACCCCCCAUAGAGCUCCUAUGUAUGAGGAGCUCUUCCCCCCACUCUCCUCUCAAAUGCCUGCCUGGGUUUCUUAUAGAUGACCAAGGAGACUGUUGAGUUAAAUCCCAAGUGUUCUUCCAUUAUGGCACCUGAUAAAAAAUAGAAUCAAAUCCGAUUAUUUGGUUUUAUUUUUUGUUUUUCAAACCAGAAAAAGUCUAAGUGCAGCAUGUUGAAUGCGGGUUGACCUGUCAAACAUUGGUCGGUACAGGGGACUGAUUUUUUCCUGUUGCAGGUGAUCUGACUAAGAAUGUGCCGUUAACCUUUGCUUUUCAUGUUUUUUAAGCAACUUAAGGGAAAUCCAUGUUUCCCUUCCAAUGCAGUUGUAUCUGAAAGUGCUUUUUCUUGCAGAACACAUUGCUGGGAGCAUUGCAGAUGUAUAAUAACUCAACCUUUUAUUGUUUUACGAUUUAACUGAUGGUUAAACCAUUGCAGAGAGUAAAAAAAUGCAGUAUUCUAUAAGGGUGACAACUUCAAAAACCUCACUUUUUUGAAUUUGACUGUAAGUGCCACAUGUGCACGCCUCCCCCUCGUACCCCCCCACCAUCUUUGAAGACUUGUGAGCUUCCUGUCCUUUAUGCUUCAAGUCGUUGUUACGCUUCACCUCCACCAGCUUGAUCAUGUGUUUCUUAGGGAGGCAAAGCAGAGGUUGAAGCUCAUCGGCAGGAAUUAGAAGUUGCAUCUUUCGUUUAUUUUUAAUACAAUGCAGCACUAAUGAGCCUUUAUAGUGAGCGUUUAGACUGGUUCUUUCUGUAACCAUGUAACAUAAUGAUCCAAUGAGACACUUGUAAUCUUUCUCUGAGUCAUAGCAGAUUGACUUUUCACCAGUGAUUCGUCCAUGUUGGUACAACACACCAGUCUAACCCAAAUACACAAAAGAAACCCCACAAACAUGUCAUUGCAUCCCACUGGGUCUUUCUAGAUUAGACUGCAGAUAAACAUUGCUUAAGGCUCUUGUUUUAAAUGGAAAGAAGUAUGAUUACAUGUCAGCUUUGCUCACAGCCUACUUGCAAAGAUUUAUCUGCAGAAGUGCUCAUUUAAGAACUGAAAGUUUCUUUCUUUUUUUUUUCUUGCACAUUUAGGGCAAGCUGUAUUUUUUUUUACACAUACCAGAACAUGUAGACCUACACACUUGAAUGAAUAAUUUGUGGCACAGCAUGAGGAGUCGUUUUGUCUCUAAGCAGUACAUAUAUAAAUAUGAUUCUAUACAUGUAUACAUACAUGCUGUAUAUUAUAUAUAGACACACACAUAGAGAUCCGAUUGUUUGUUGUGCACUCGCAGCAUGAGGUAUAUAUUUACCCAGAAACUAGGUGCGUUCUCUCCUGCUCUUUUCCCUCUGUAACCCUAUAGCACUAGUGAACCUCCUGUACUGCUCAUCCUCCUUCUUUCUGUGUUCAAAGUGCCAAUAACUUUGUGAAAGCCCUGUUAACUGUGACCCAACAUUACUGAAGAUAAUUGCACAUUAACAACUGUAAGAUAAAGACAUGCAAAUUAUAGAAAUAAAAGAAAAACUUGUCAUGGAUUCAACAAAAACAACAUCCUAAUAAAAG